UAAUCUUUAUCUCGGAUUUUCGUUGGAGCACAUCGAGAAAAGAAUGCCAUGCGGAAGACCAAAGAUGAUCGCGUUAAGAUCACGACCCAUCAUUUUCGAAUCAGUAUCGAGGAGGAGGAGGACAAUGAAGAGAACAAAGAAGCGGAGGAUCAAGCAAUCGGAGAGAUGGACAGAAAAAUUUCCAUCACGAUAGAAACGGAUUCCAACGUAACGAUCGGUGGACAAGAAUCUGGAAUAAAAAAUUUUUCGUUCGAUCAGGAAGAAUCUUCGUUUUCGAUCGAUGAUCAAUCACCGGAUAAAAUCUUGAACAAGGGCGUCCAAGAGGACAAUUGGAACGAACGUGAGACACACUUGCAGAGGAUAAGCGACUUUCAUUUCGAAACAUCGAUCGAAUCUGAUAGCUCAGAGGGUCGAAACGAUGAUCGGAAGAAGAGAAAAAUGGACGAGCUGGUGGAUGAAAAUUUUUCUGACGAUUCUGGGAGAAGCAGGAACCAGUUGGGGAAGAUGCAAAAUGACAGUUUGGAAAGCGAUACACGAUCUUCGGAAGUUACGAACGAGAAUCGUGGAAGCUUUGGUUCCAGCAACGAGGUCUCUCCAUCUUCGACCAGUUUUGAACAGAAGGGAAACGGCUUUGGCCCGAUUUAUUCGACGAUCAAGUAUUCCAUCGAAGGAUGCUCCUACGAGAAUGCAAAUUCGACCAACAAGUUGGACCGCGUUGGUUCAAUCUCGACCACCAGCUUCCUUCCUUUCGUUGAAAUUUCUAAUCCCGUUACCACCAUUAAACGUCAUGGAUCUCUUUCCACGUAUGAAACGAGAUUAUCGAGCAUGAAUUCCCCCGUUGAGCGCAAGAGGACUUACAGCACAAACGAGAAGAUGUUGCAACAUUUUAAGAAAGCGCUUCCUCGAUCGAGCGAGAGGAAACAAUCGAUAACAACUACACCAGAAAUCCAAGAGACAUCCGCAAUUGACCAUCCAAUUCUUUCUUCCGAAGUAUCUCCCCUUCUAGUCAGACGUUGUUACAAAUUCAUGCCCACGUUUCCACCACACUCCUCGAAUCUGGAAACUGGAGAAAAUUCGCUCGAGACGAAAGAUAUCGUGACUAAUAAAUCGAGAAACGCAGAAUCAUCAUCAUCGUUCAACGUCGAUCCAAAUUCCAAAGAUGAAUCCUUGAAGAUCGAAGAACUCGCCUAUCCAUCCAUCCCUCGAGUCUCUCCACUUUUGCUCAGACGAUAUUACAAAGUCAUGUCCACGCGUUCGUCCAGUCUGGACGAGAUCUCGUCUAAAAACCACCAACCAGAAGAGGAUCGAGAUUCGUUCAAUACGAAAGAACCUGUAAUAACCGAUAAUCAAAGAACAAGAUUAAGCGUUAAAAAUUCAGAGGAUGCGAAUCGGUCAAACGCAGCUCAAAGAAGAUCGACCUUGCCUAUGAUGAAUACCGAUCUAAAAGAUGCACCCAAAUCGCACCCAAAUUAUCAGGACGUGUUGUCGGGCACGAGCGUUAAUCCCAUCAGGCGAUCAAGUAUCGCCAGUGCGGCUAUCUGCUCGAGUUUGGCUCCAAGUUUGGUCAGCGCGUGUCAAGGUAUUCCAAACUGUUUGCUACCCAUCUCGGAUGAGAAAGAAGUAUCGAGCGAUUCGCCUACGAAUAUUGGCGACCACGUAUCCGGGAGAAGCGGUAUCAGGUUGAAAUUGCCGUUUCUAAAGAUUCAUAUACCCGUACAGCAACCGGCGACUAGCUGGUCGGGCUCGAAGGAGGAGGAUGUUGGCCAUCAUUAUUCGCAUCAUCAUCAUCACCAUCACCAUCAUCACCACGUGUUCCCGCAUUUUCAUGUACCCAUUACGUUCACCGCGACGGCCACCGAUGGCGCCGAAUCCGGCCGGAAGUUCAACUUUGGGAUUCGAAGGCAGUCGCAGAUGACCUUGCAUCGGACUGACUCGAUGGUAUCGCUCUGCUACCGAUCUCUUGCCAGCUAUAUCACAGAUGAUAAUCUCGCUGGUCUCCAAAAUUUCCUCGAGAAUAAAAGAGUGCAGAUCGAUGACCGAGACGAGAAUGGUAGCACAGCCCUCAUCCUUGCAGCAACUAAGGGGAAAAUACAUUUCGUGCGAGAGCUCAUCAAUCAUGGAGCGGAUGUCAAUGCGGAGGACGGGGAUAAUUGGACGGCGCUACUUUGCGCGGCCAAAGAAGGACACACGGAUGUGUGCCUUGAAUUACUCGAGCAUGGUGCUGAUUUGGAACACAGAGACAUGGGAGGAUGGACAGCACUUAUGUGGGCGACCUAUAAGGGUAAAUCGCCGACGGUGACGAUGUUGCUAACACGAGGGGCUGACGUCAAUGCACACGGAAAUUUUCAUAUAUCUUCGUUAUUAUGGGCCGCAGGGAGGGGUUACCCUGACAUUGUUAAGGAUCUCAUUGCUCAUGGUGCUAAAGUCAAUGUUGGUGACAAGUAUGGUACUACGGCGUUGGUAUGGGCAUCACGCAAAGGACACGUAGAAAUUGUAGAUACACUUUUAAAAUCUGGUGCUAAUGUAGAUACUGCUGGCAUGUAUUCGUGGACAGCUCUUCUUGUGGCCACUCUUGGAAAUCAUGUGGAUGUAGUAUUACUUCUCUUGGAGCACAAGCCAAAUGUGAAUGCGCUAGAUAAAGAUGGUUGUACGGCCUUAGCAAUAGCAUGUCGAGAAGGGCAUCACGAAAUAGCAAAUGCGCUUUUAAAUGCUGGUGCUUAUGUAAAUAUUCAAGAUAGAGCUGGUGAUACAAAUCUGAUUCAUGCUGUAAAAGGCGGUCAUAGAGGAGUGGUUGAAUCUCUUUUAAAAAAAUAUGCUGAUGUUGACAUCGCCGGCAAGGAUAAAAAAACAGCAACUUAUAUAGCAGUAGAGAAAGGAAAUAUACAAAUAUUGAAGUUGUUACUAAAUGCUAAUCCAGAUUUAGAGAUUGCAACAAAAGACGGCGAUACUCCGUUAUUACGCGCAGUUAGAUCACGAAACGCUGAGAUCGUGCAAUUAUUAUUAGAUAAAAAAGCUAAAGUAUCAGCCACGGAUAAAAAAGGGGAUACAGUAUUACACAUAGCUAUGCGAGCAAGAUCGAAAGCCAUUGUCGAAAUAUUAUUGAGAAAUCCGAAAAAUAGUCAACUACUUUACCGUCCAAAUAGGCAAGGAGAGACUCCUUACAAUAUCGACAUUAAUCAUCCAAAGACAAUUCUUGGACAAAUAUUUGGUGCACGACGUCUUAAUACUAAUGAGGACAAUGAAAAUAUGCUUGGUUACGAUUUGUACAGUAGUGCAUUAGCGGAUAUCCUUAGCGAACCAUCAUUAUCGACGCCUAUAACUGUUGGUCUUUAUGCAAAGUGGGGUUCGGGGAAAUCAUUUUUGUUAAAUAAGUUAAGAGAGGAAAUGAAAAAUUUUGCGCGUCAAUGGAUAGAUCCUGUAUUUCAAUUUUCUUUCUUACUCUUUAUUGUAGUAACUCACGUAUCUUUAUUAGUGGGUAUUACGAUAGGUCUUGCUCUUCAAUCAUGGAUUGUUGGUCUUGUCUGCGGUAUAAGUCUUAUUUUUAUUACGUAUAUUUUUUUGAUACUUGUUUGGUAUGCUAAUAAAAGGUACGAUUGGUAUUGGCCAUACAGUUUUACAGUAGCUCUAACUACAAAAUUAAAUUCAUUGAAAUUACUGUUACAAGUAAUUUUUUGCCAUCCUCCUGGUGGCCAAGUUCAUGAUGGUGUUACUGUUCAACCAAUAAAAUUCUAUUUCACUGAUCAGACCCGAGUCGGUACGACUGCUGCCGGAGAGAAUGCAGUAGUACAAAUGGUAGGAUCUCUUUAUGACUCCAUCGAAAAUGAUUUUGGUUCUUUAUCUACACGACUGUACAGAGCAUUCAGACCAAAACCAGAUAAAUCAAGAACAACGUGGAAAUGGAGGCAUCUUUGUUGUUUGCCAUAUAUAGUUAUAUUUGAAUUCUGCUUUUGCAGUUUACUUGUUGGUAUCUCUGUACUUACAGUCUACCUCAUCGAUAUUUCUAGCAGUGAACCAACAAUAGAAAGAGUUACGGCACACAUAAUUAUGAUAACUGUUGCCUUAAUAUUAGCUAUUAGUAUAAUAGCAAACUUAUAUACAUGGAGUCGAACGUUACAAGCACUAGUUUUCUCUCAAAGACGGCAUCUACAACGCAGCAUUUCUAAAUUAGAGACUUUAAAAAGCGAAGGUUUUAUACAAACACUAAGAAGCGAAGUCAAUUUAAUGACAGAUAUGGUUAAAUGUCUAGAUAGUUUUAUGGCACAACAAAGCAGAUUAGUAAUAAUUGUGGAUGGUUUGGAUAGUUGUGAACAAGAUAAAGUGUUAUUAGUUUUAGAUGCUAUACAAGCAUUAUUCAGUGAUAAUGGUUAUCCAUUUGUUGUUAUAUUAGCAAUUGAUCCACAUAUUAUUGCUAAGGCAGUAGAAAUCAAUAGUAGAAGAUUAUUCACAGAAUCUAAUAUUGGAGGGCAUGAUUAUUUACGUAAUAUGGUUCAUCUUCCAUUUUAUUUGCAAAAUAGUGGUUUGCGAAAAGUAAAAGUUGCUCAACAAACUGCCCAACAUAGUAGAAAAACUACAUGGACCGAAGCCGAAGAAAGCGUUAAUUAUACUGCAACUAGUACGAUGCAUCAUUCUGUUUCUAAUAGAAGACUUAGCACAGAAUCUGCUAUAAUGAAUAGCAAUGAAAAAUUGAAACCACAAAGUAGAAAAGGGAGUAGAAAAUUGCGAUUAAGCGAAUCAGUCGCUAGUAGUAUUGGUAGCAACUUAAAUCGAUUAGGCGGAGCUCAGGAUCUUAAUAAAAUGCUUCUCACUGACGAUUAUUUUAGCGAUGUUAAUCCUCGUAGUAUGAGAAGAUUAAUGAACGUCGUUUAUGUUACUGGGAGAUUAUUAAAAGCAUUCCAAAUUGAUUUCAACUGGUAUCAUUUAGCUAGUUGGAUCAAUAUUACUGAACAAUGGCCAUUUAGAACGUCUUGGUUGAUUCUUCAUUAUGAUAUGUAUGAAGAUAGUUUAGAUGAUUCUAUGUCGUUAAAAAAUCUUUAUGAUAAAAUACGACCCCAAAUUCCGGUGCUUAAAGAAGUUCAACCUUUAUUAGAAAUGGAUAGGGAUGAACGUAAAUUGGACAUUUUUUUGACAUUUCAUCGUUCCAGUUUACUUGUUAGUGAUAUGAAAAUAUUCUUACCGUUCACAAUAAAUCUCGAUCCUUAUAUUAAAAAAAUAAAAGAGGAACAACAAAGUAUGGAAGAAGAAACAGGACAUGGCCCAUAUAAACAAUAUAGUCCUUGGACUUUACAUAGUAAUAGUCAUGAAUUGUGGAAUGCAACUAGAAAUGGUUUAGCAAGUCGUACAAUGAAAUCUAUUAAAACACCAAGUAUACAAGGACAAAUAGGACCAGUGCCAUCAACAUCAUCAUGGAUGCAACCAUGUAUGCAAUCAACAUUCGACUGGCAGACAUCACCAUGGGUGCAAAUAUCUUCUAUGGAGCCAGUAAUUAAACCACUUUCUGCAACUUCAAGCUUACCGUCCGAGAUUUUGGAGAUAAGACUUUCUUCUUUAACAGUAAAUGGAAUUUGCGAUCUUAUUGAUAGGAUCGAGAAUAUAAAUCCCAAUCAAGCACCGCAGUACAAACAAGUUAUUAAAGAAAAUAAUAUCAAUGGUAGAGUUUUAUUACAUUGUGAAUUACAAGAAUUGAAAAAGGUUCUUAAAAUGGCUUUCGGAGAUUGGGAAUUAUUUCGUAUGGUAAUCGUAUCUCUUAGAGAAUUAGAAGUUUCAUCAUUUAGCACACAUGAAGAAGGUCCACGAAGUGUUCGAUUUACUGUAGGAACAGAACAAAUUCCACGAAAAGAUCAUACUUUGCAAAGUACUUCGAUACGCGUACCAACUCAUGUUGAAAAAGAUAAGGGAACUUCAAGAACUGAUGGUCCUCCUAGACGAGAUCAAACUAAGCAAUCAAUUAUGGAAAAACAAUAUCAGGUAACUUUAGAGGAACAGAUGAUUUGUGGAGCACUGCAAACUUUAAAUGAAGAAGCGUGCGAAGAUGUAUUAGAUGUACCAUCUUCUGCAGUAGUACCAUCAGACUCACUCUCAGGAUCCAUUUCAACGGCUCCUCAAGAUACAGAUUAUGUGAUACUUCAAUCUAAUCCACUUCUGCAUUGGGUGCCAGUCAAUGAUGAGCCUGAAACGUCAGACGACAGUUCAUUUGAAUCAACAGUUCAUCUUCAACGUACAAAUUCACAACGUAGUAUUACAUCUCAACUUAGUACCAGAUCAGCUUGUUCGUUUGGACGUAAAGAUUUAAAAAAAAGUGGAGGCAAUUCCACUAGUAGUAGACCUGCAUCACUUUUUGUAUCACCUCCACCUUCUCCCAGACCUGCUUUCAGAUCUAAAUCAACAGACGAAAAUUAUGUAGUUAAUAAUAUGCCCAUGAAAUCAACUAUCUCUACACCUAUCAAGAAACGACGCUCGACUUCAACUUUAAAUGAUGAAAUAGUUUUAUCAGUCCCUGUUCCAAAUUCCAGCUUGGAAAAAUUAAGCAAACUGAAAGAUCGUCUUAUGGGGACAUUACCUGUCUCACCUGCUCCAGGAGAAAGCGAAGAUGAAUCCACGCCGUUAGUUUCUGAAUUAUCUACUCCAACUCAUUCACAAUCCGAUAGUGUAUUUAGACAUGAUUGCAGCGAGGAAAACAGUAGUUCUAUUUCUUCUAAUAAAAGUUUACCUCGUGAUGGAGAACGAUCUAUUGAUAUUGUUGAUUAUUCUGAUACAGUUAGUUUAAUGGUACGUGAGUCUUCGCAUGUGCAAUUUUUAUCACGUCAAGAUGUCGAAGAAUGGGACAAUCCAGAAACACCUGUUUGAUACCUUCUGCUACACAAUUGUUAGUAAGUCUCGA